AUGACCGCCAGUUCAUUGCCCCUGAACGGCACCAGCCAAAUGCCAAUGAACGACGCCCUUAGGCGCAGAAAUAUCAAUGACUCUGAUCGGCACGAGACGACUGGAAAUAGCCAAGUAAGCCCAUCAGGCCCAGUAAAAACAACAAACCCUGCCUCGAACCCCAAAAAGCCGUUCUCUCUCCUCCGUCGUUGUGAGCGCUUCGCGCGUAAGCGCACCUGGACGAUUCCACUAGCUCUCGUGCUGGCCUUCCUUUCAAUGUACGCACUCAACCCGACCGAGUCGAAUCCAAUCUAUCAUUUCAUAUUCCUCUCUUACAAAGUGAAAUCCUUGAAUGGCGACCCAAAUUCCCCCACGCAGUAUGGCAAGGGUCUUUGGGACAUAGCAUUCGUGUCAUUCUACGUGCUCGUGCUAUCCUUCACGCGCGAAUUCAUCAUGCAAGAAGUUCUCCGCCCUAUAGCCGCCUCGCACAUCAAGUCCCGAGGAAAGCAGACCCGUUUCAUGGAACAGGCGUAUACUGCUAUGUACUUUGGAUUCCUCGGUCCCGCAGGGUUGUAUGUCAUGCGCCAGACUCCGGUUUGGUAUUUCAAUACGCGUGGCAUGUAUGAACUCUUCCCUCACAGGACCCAUGCAGCCGAGUUCAAAUUUUACUACUUGUUUGAGGCGGCUUAUUGGGCGCAACAGGCUAUUGUAAUGCUGCUGGGGAUGGAGAAGCGGCGAAAGGACUUUAUGGAGCUUGUUGCCCAUCAUAUUGUGACACUGGCUCUUAUUGCACUGAGCUAUCGCUUCCACUUUACCUAUAUGGGAAUCGCCGUUUAUAUCACACAUGAUAUUAGUGAUUUCUUCCUUGCCGUUUCGAAAUCUCUCCAUUACCUCGCGCCAGACAUAAUGAUCCCCUUCUACGCAACCUCGAUCGGCGCGUGGAUAUAUCUCCGCCACGUACUAAACCUUCGAAUCCUGUAUUCUCUCCUAACCGAGUUCCGAACUGUCGGGCCCUACGAGCUCAACUGGGAGACUCAACAGUACAAGUGCUGGAUCUCGAAUGUGAUUACCUUUGGACUUCUGGCUGUACUCCAAGCUCUCAAUCUAUUCUGGCUGUAUUGUCUGUUGCGCAGCGCUCUCAGGUUUCUCGUGACGGGUGAGAAGAAGGACGAUCGCUCCGAGCCGGAUGAGUCUGAAGUUGAGCAAGAUGAAUGCAAGGUUGUUGGAAGCUGUAAUGGCCCUUCCCAGUCGAAUUUGAAUUGA